CCUGGUUACAAUCUGUGUCCUGCUCUUUGUGAUCCGCCCUGCAAUCAGAAUCCAGUCUGCCCAGAUGCAACCUGGGACAUUAAAAUAUCCUGGAUGUUGGAAAACAGUAAUUUAUUAGCCUAAUCUUAGGAAAAGAAGGGGAGGUGAUUUUGGGGCACAUUUUUUUUGAUCCUUCUAAGGUUUCUGCUAUUUCCGGAGGUUGAGGAGUGCAAGCUACCUUCAGCGGCAAAGCUGAGACGUGGAAGUGGCCCCAAGCUGACACCCUGGAGAGUCUGCUUAGGACUGUUUUAUUUCUCCUGGGAUCAGGGAGAGUUUCUAGGAGAUGCUCCCAUACAUCCCCUGGAUCUUUUUCUUGGCAGUGUUGAAGGCAAAAGGCGAGCUGCCCUUCAUUGCAGAAAACAAUGCAGCUAUGAUGGUGAACUGGAAUGCAGUUGAAGAAAACAAAAAAUUAUAUGCUAUUUAUGAUACAAGCGUGAACGAUCCAGGAAACAUGUCCUUCGUGAAAGAAACUGUGGAUAAAUUGUUGAAAGGCUAUGACAUUCGCCUCCGGCCGGAUUUUGGAGGGCCUCCUGUGUGCGUUGGGAUGAACAUAGACAUUGCCAGUAUCGACAUGGUUUCUGAAGUCAACAUGGAUUAUACCUUAACAAUGUAUUUUCAACAAUAUUGGAGAGAUAAGAGAUUAGCUUAUGCUGGGAUACCUCUCAAUCUUACGCUUGAUAAUCGAGUGGCUGAUCAACUCUGGGUGCCCGACACUUACUUUUUAAAUGACAAGAAAUCAUUUGUGCAUGGAGUUACAGUGAAAAAUCGAAUGAUUCGCCUUCAUCCAGAUGGAACAGUGCUAUAUGGCCUCAGAAUCACAACGACUGCAGCUUGUAUGAUGGACCUAAGAAGAUACCCAUUAGAUGAACAGAACUGUACACUGGAAAUAGAAAGCUAUGGCUAUACCACAGAUGACAUAGAAUUUUAUUGGAGAGGUGGAGAUAAUGCAGUCACAGGCGUAGAGAGGAUUGAGCUUCCGCAGUUCUCCAUUGUGGAAUACAGACUGGUGUCAAGGAAUGUUGUCUUCGCCACAGGUGCCUAUCCAAGACUCUCACUGAGCUUUAAGUUGAAGAGAAAUAUUGGAUAUUUUAUUCUUCAGACCUACAUGCCCUCUAUACUGAUUACCAUUUUGUCAUGGGUGUCAUUCUGGAUCAAUUAUGAUGCAUCAGCAGCAAGAGUUGCCCUUGGAAUUACAACUGUACUGACUAUGACAACAAUCAACACUCAUCUUCGGGAGACUUUGCCUAAAAUUCCCUAUGUUAAAGCCAUUGACAUGUAUCUUAUGGGCUGCUUUGUAUUUGUCUUCUUGGCCUUACUUGAAUACGCCUUUGUUAAUUACAUCUUCUUUGGAAAAGGCCCUCAAAGGCAGAAGAAACUUGCAGAAAAGACAGCAAAGGAAAACACUGAUCGCUCAAGAUUUGAAGGCAACCGGGUGGAUGCCCAUGGAAACAUUUUGCUAACAUCGCUGGAAAUUCACAACGAAGUGGCAAGCAAUGAAGUUACAACCAGCGUUACUGAUGCUAGGAAUUCAACAAUAUCCUUUGACAACUCAGGAAUCCAAUACAGAAAACAAAGUUCACAUAGGGAAAGCUUUGGAAGGCGUACAAUGGAUAGAACAGUACCCCACAGCAAGAAGAGCCAUUUACGGAGGAGGUCUUCACAGCUAAAAAUAAAAAUCCCUGAUCUAACGGAUGUGAAUGCUAUAGACAGAUGGUCACGGGUAGUGUUUCCAUUCACAUUUUCUCUUUUCAACUUAAUUUAUUGGUUAUAUUAUGUUAACUGAGUGACUGCUUUUCUAAAAGACUUCAUUAACAAUACAUGAAAUAUUGCUCUGCCUGUCAAGUUUAUAUAUAUAUAUGUAUAAUAUGAACUUUUAUUAUAUAUAAAAUGCACAUGUAUUUGUGUAUACAUAUAAUGUGGAAGCAUGUGUAUAUAUAUAGACAUGUGCACAGAAGUGUAUUCUAUAUAUACACAUGCACACAGGUAUAUAUAUACAUUCUGAGGUUAUGGAUAAUUCAAUAUACAAUGCACAUCAAAAGAACUUUUUUAAAUUGAAAGACAGCUGUCCUCAAAACAGUAAGCCUUGAGAAAAUUGAAUAUUGUAUAAUAUCACUUUGACUGUCAUAGAAAUUUUCAAACAGUUGUAAUCAUAUAUCAAGUCGGCAUUCAUAAACAUUAUGUUUGUAAAAGUUGACCUACACAUUGAACGUAAACUAACACCGUUCCAUUGGUAAAGUUAAAAUUUCAUUUGUAUUGCAUAUCAUCAAUGUUACUUUCAUCAAGCCAAAUUAAUUUUCCUUGCAAACAGUUCUUGUUUUUAUAUGUUGUAAUAGAUUUUUUUCCUGGCAAUUUUCAGUGAUCGCUUGCUUUCUCUUCUGCAGUAAGUAAGCCUAAUCAUUGGAUGAGUGUUGUUUAGUGUUUUGGAGAAAUUCAUGUUCAUGUUUCCAAACAUCCAUCUUAAAUAUCCAUCAGCAAUGAAAGGAAUAUUUUGUAAGUACUAAAAUGUACAGUGUAAUUUUUUUCACUUGGACUGGUUCCAGCUAAUAUUUCAUUCUGAAAAACAAGCACAUUUUUAGUGUAAUUUAGCUAAGAAUUCAACUACUGCCAAUGUGUUCUGCAUCUGCUAUAGAUUUUAAAGGUCAUUAUUCUAGUGAAAGUGUAAACACGUCUCAGGUUAUUUGCUAAUUCAACAUAAAACCAUCAAGCUAUAUUCUUUAUUAAACAUGCAUUCACAUGAUCAAACAUUCUUAUAACAUUGUAUGUUAAUGUAAGAUAUAUUUGCAUAAUAUGCAUAUAUAUGUAUAUUUUAACAAGAUUUUUCUUUUUGUGCUUACUAUUGUGAUUGCAUGCUGUGUCAUAUUUUUGUUUGUGAUGUUACAACUUUUUCUUAUCUAGACAAAUAGAGUACUUCUAAUAUUUCAAUAACAGCAUUUUCAUAUUUUAUUUUAUACAUACAGCAUAUACACAAACUCAUACAGCUAGUAUGGUCCAUUCAUAGAUCAUACAUGAUAGCAAAUAACAUAUCUUGUUUCAACAUUAAACAUAUUCAGGCAUUCUUUAUGCAACUGUGACCACUUUUGUUUUCAUUCCAAUUCAUUCCCUCAUCAGUAUCUGACUUUUUAAAUCUAGUACGUUCUACUAGUAAAGACACAUCAGUUUCGGAGCUGUAAUCCUAAUUUACUAUUUAACAGAAAUAGAUCUUUCUAAAGAAAAAAAGAUAUAUUUUUUGUAAACACUGUUUUUGACACACACAUCCAUAAAUAGAACCAAGUACAGUAGUAGACAUAGAUUGUAAAAGGAGUUAAGGGCUGGAUUCUGCCAGCUCUUUGCCUACAAAAUCCCUAUUGAUGCAAUAGGAAGUUGGCAGGUAUUGUUUCCAGUUCAGAGUGCAAUUGACAAGGAUUGGUGGAGGAAAAAUAUGUGGAUAUGCAGCUGCCAAGUAAGCGAGAUAAGAUUAACCUAAAAAUGCUGCCUUUGAUCUAAAGUAUCCUAUGUUUUCAAAAUAUCUGACUUGUUUGUAAGUACCAGUGAUAUUUUUGCUGUUGCAAUAUAAAUUAUUCAUUCCCAUUUUAAUCUGUCCAAAGGAACAUAAUUCUCCCAUACAACUUUCUUCUGAGCUGAAACUCAACAUACACGUUCAGGCGGUGAGAUCUGAGUUGCAAUCUGGUUCUUGAGCUGCUCGGUUUGCAAUAAUGUGCUCUCUCAUAAAAGCAGCUAAUGGCAAGUCUGCGAUUUAACCCUCUGUUGCUGCUACUCACAUCAGACAAGUUAAACAUAUGCACAGAGAUCCUGAGAUCAGAGCCUUACUGAGAUCAGAUCUAGCUGUGUCUAGACUGGCAAGCUUUUCCGCAAAAGCUUCGGGGCUUUUUUGCGGAAAAGAGCGUCUA